AUGGCACCCAGUCAGUCAAGGAUACUCUCACUUGAACAGAUUCGCGAGACGACCCUUGCCAAGCUCGGUCGUUUUCCCUGUCGGUGGCAAGCGCACGCGACACAAGUCAUCCUCGAACGCAAGAACGACCUCAUCACUAUUGCACCUACAGGUUCAGGGAAAACACUGACCUUUUGGAUGCCACUUCUCUUCCGUGCCGACGGUAUUCAAAUUGUCGUGACGCCGCUCAAUAUUCUCGGCACUCAGAAUGAGCAAGAAUUGGCAAAAUUCGGGGUGCGCGCGAUUGCUGUCAGGGCAGAGACAGCGACACCGAAGGUUUUUCGUGAGAUCCGCGAGGGCAAGUACCGUGCAAUCGUCGUCAGCCCGGAGGAGUUGAUGAAGGUAGGCGGGGGAUUCGAGGACCUGUGGAACGACGAAGGGUUCACCUCGCGAAUCAUGAGCAUUGUCUUCGAUGAGGCACACUGCAUAAGUACCUGGAAGUCAUUUCGACAAGACUACAAGAACAUCGACCGACUCCGUUACCUUUUGCCGCAUGUCCCGUUCGUCCUCGCCACAGCAACUCUGCCAGGCGAGAUGCAGCGUGAGAUCAUGAAGACGCUGCAGAUUCGCGCCGACCGCUGUACCGUGAUACGGCGCUCGAACGAUCGCCCAAACGUGCACAUCGAAGUGCGUCGCAUCAAGCAUUCGCUCUCGGGUUACGAGGACUUGGAUUUCCUCGUCUUGCCGAGGACAGAGCGUGCAGCCGGGGACUUAAUCCCAAAGUUCCUGGUCUUCUUCGAUAACAUCGACGAUUGCAUGUCCGAGCAGUUCCGCGAGGAUGAUCUCGCGGCCUUCAAUGCAUCAAAUCUAUAUGGCCUGUGUAGCACAGAUUCCUUCGGAAUGGGCGUGAACGUCGCGGACGUUCGCAUCGUCGUGCAGUGGCGGAUGCCGCGUGAUUUGAACACGUUGUGGCAGCGCUUUGGACGCGCCGCGCGUGACCUGACACUCAACGCAGUUGCAAUCCUCCUUGUCGAUGGUCGGUAUUUUGAUGAAGAGAAGGAAAAGAAACAGCGCGCCGCCGAGAAAGCUGCCGAGAAAGCCGCCAAGAAAAGAAAAGCGGUCAAUGAUCCAGCUCAAAAGCCUACCAAGAGGGCACGUACCAAUGACACACCCGGCACAUCAGCUGCGACAGCUACCUCGUCCAUCACGAACAUCGAGCAACAGCGGGAAGCUGCUAGUGAGACGGAGAGCGCAGAUGCGACACGGCCUCCAGCUGGUGGUGUGUCAGAGGACCAAGGUCGGGGAUCAUCCCAGGAACCGCCACAACGUGGCGCCGGUGUGGGGUCGCAGGUCGAUCUUGCGAGUUUGCGUGCAGACAUCGAAGCAGCGCGUUUGUCGAGUCGACAAGGAGGAGCACGGAAAGGGAAGAAAACAGACCAGGAAACGAGUGAGCUCUCGGCGGAGCUCGAUGCGCUAGUCAACGCAGCAACAAGGCCGCACCGCUGCUAUCGAGCGCCGAUCAUGGCGUACUACCGGAAUGACCAAAUCGAGCCGGAUGACCCUCCUUGCCUCGCCGAGGGCUGCUCUCGAUGUGCCACACGGGCACCCAUGCUCUGCUGUAUCCUGUGCUCCCCCGAUGCUCCCUGCUUCGCAGCAGUCGCGCCUCACGAAUGCGAUGCGGCGCCGCCUCAGCCGCGCGCGUCGCGCAUCAAGAAGGACACAACCAUCUCGCCAGCCGGACGCGACCUCAGGACGGCCCUCGACACCUUCCGCCGAGAGCGGACAAUCAACAAAUAUGGCCGGGCCUUACUCGACAACCUCGGCGCGAGCGUUGUUCUUCCGGACAACGCUAUCGACCGAUUGGUUGAGUGCGCGCAGGCUGGCAAAAUCAAAUCUCUAGACGACGUACAGCGCGAGGUAGGGAAGAAGUGGGGCAAGGCACGCGAGUAUGGAGAGGAAGUGGCAGCCAUAAUACGGCGCAUCUUCCCUCUAGACAAUCCUUUCGUGGUCGCUCCGCUCACUCCUCGGCCGCAACCCGUCAACGCAGCGCAUGUAGGCUCCUCGACCGCACCAAACCACAGCAGUGCUCUGGCUACUCCGACGCCGGCAAGACGAACUGUUCGGCAGUACAAGUGCAGCGCAUGCGGCGCAGCUGGCCAUAACAAGAACAACCGAUCGUGUCCUAAAUAUGCGAGCAAGGCUCAGCAAGAGAAUGCCCCGCCGACGGCUGCGACGGCAGGCAAUGCUGAUGAGGGCCCGGCCUCAGACACAGACGAGCAAGAAGUGCAACCACGACGAUCUCCACUUCCAGCGCCUUCGACUGUGUUGGACACUCUGUUCACGACUCCAUCUUAUCGACGUAAUGCUCGGGUGGCAACACUCGAGCAGAUCCGUGCAGAGCAACAUAGCCUUCAGUCGCCUCAGCAACAGGACACAGUGUCCACUCCAGGGAGGGCGGGGCUGGUCACGGAACCUGGCGUGAAUGGUUCAUCCGCGGAGGCGUUGAUGAUGCCGGUGCCGCCGUCUCGCUUUUACGGGAGUCCUGCGAGACUCAGAUAAGUAUUCCAUCUCGUCAACAUGCUCAGCUGCCAUAUCUACGCCGUCCUCGGGCGGUCCAGCACUGUCGGCCUCAUCACCGUCACUGCUCGUGCUCCCAAGCAUGAGCCCAAUUCCCUUACUCAGCAUAUCUCGAAUACAAUGCGCUGACUUCCGUCCCUCACGUCGCUCGUGCGGCCUCGUUUCAUCCAUGUUUUUGAGUAGAGCAUUAAAUGUUAUUUUGAGGUUCUUCUUUCCA